UUUUCCUUGUCCACCUGGAUUAUACUGUAACUUGCUCUGAGGCUGUUGUGCAAACCCAGUUUGAAGAUGCAGGUGACAUACAAGUGUAGUUAAAAAGUAUAAUUUUUUUCUAAAUGUUCUGGUUAUUCACUGAGUGGGCAGUGGGCAGGGAGUGGGAUGAAACAGGAUGUCUCCUUGUAGUUGAACUUGCUUUAAGCUUCAUUUCAUUUAAAAUGCUGAUAUUCAUAAAGAUUAUUUUUAGCCCCUCCAAUGGAAUUAAACUUCAGAGUAUAAUCACUGUCAAUAUCUUUUGGGUAGAAAAACCUAGGCUUUAAUUACUUUUGGUUUCAGUUGCACCAGCAGGAGCAAAUUAUUUUCGUUUUGAGUGUGUUUACGUGAAGGUGGAAAAACUGAUAAGGAAAGUAAACUGCGUUGUAUCUAAGUCCUUCCAAUAUAUAAAUAAAAAAUGGUUAGGAAGGAAAAAUACCUAUUAAUACUAAUGACUACAAGGCCAGUGCUGUCUUAUGGAAGUAUUUCUAACAUAAAGGUAGUAACUGAGUGAGACUUUAGAAAGUAGCUGAGUGCUUUAAAUGCCCCAAAUCCAAUGUUCUCAGUUCUUUGUGUGUAAGUCCCUUAUUUUGCUUAUAUUAAGUAUAAAUAUUCUCUCAAUUAUUUAGGUAUAGGUAAUAAUAAAGACAUUUAUUAUUUCUGUAUGGUAAAUAUUAUUAUAAAAUACUAGACUAUUUAAUCAGCAUUUUAAAGACAAUUUUUUUGAAAAUAUUUAAUAUACUUAUUACAAAUUCUGCAUUUGUAUGCAGUUUGAAAACAUAAAAUAGCUUAAAAUAUUGGUUAUCCAGGGGUGUAGCACGCAAAAAUUAAAAUUGCCUGAAUGUACAUUCAGAUGACUCAUUGUUUUAACAGGUGCAUGUAGCAAUAAGUGUUAAAGCUAUACUUAGCUUCUAAACCAGUACAAUUUAAUAGUAUUGCCAGCCAUUGACAUUGGUCCAUCAUUUAGUUAAAAAAACCCAAAUCAACAAAUUAUUAAAUAAAUAAUUUAAAAGUGGAAAACAAGAUUACAGUCAGGAAAAAAAGUCUAUUGAUCAUUGUCUAGCACCUCAGUCCAAUAUAUUCAAAUUUAUUUGCUUGCCAACAAAUUAUUGAAAACAAAUGGCGAACACUUUAGACUACUUACAUGAAAAUAACUAAGUCAAAUACACUUUCAAUGUGCCAAUUUUUAUUGAGUGCCACACUUCAGUAAGAGCAGAAUCAGAUUAUAAAAUUGUCCAUUAUUAUUGGCCCUUCCACUGAUCCUCAGUUCCAACAUAGUUUUAACAGCCAGUCUGGCCUAGACACUGGGUUCUUUACACACAGAAAACAAAGAAUAAAAUUCUGGUUUUGAUUUUUCACAAGAUAAAAGUAAAUAAAUAAAGUAUACACUUAGGGAUAGAAAAUUACCUCAGAAAGUUCUGUAAGGUCUACAUUUUCUAUUUUUAGAAGCAAGGCACGUUUUCCAUAGAUUUAUGUGACAUAGUAAUCUUCCUCUAAAUGUCUAGAUGCAAAGAAACCAUGCACUGUUACUUCAGAGUGAUUACAUUAGCUGAUGAUUAUUAACAUUUUCUUGGAAUUACUAAUAUGUGUUGGUCAUUCAUCAUAUUUUUCUAAGAAAAAGCAAUUGUGUUCUCUUCAAUUUUACUAUUCUGACAAAAAUGAAAUGAUAUAUAAGAUCACUUCCAUGAAAAUUAUCAGCACUGAUAGUUAUCAUUGCUUAUUUCAAUGUUCUGCCAAUACUGGCUUUGCCAAUAAUACAUAAUCACUCUUAAGAAGAAUAAUGUAAUAAAAUAAAUGUAAAUAUCUAAUUUAAAAAGUCAUACAGAUUUUAAUGAAAAUAUAAAGAAAGCAGUUUUGUCUCAAAGUUAUAUUACUUUCAGAUAAAAGUUAUUGAGGUGUUUUUUAAUUCCUACAAUGAAAAGUCAUUAAGGAUAGAUAGGAAACUGUCAUAGUGCAGGAAGGCAGAGGUGAAUAUUCAAAUGUGUGAAGAUUCAGUGAAAAUGCCAUGAACACUAGUGGCUAUUAGCUGUCACAACAAAAAGACCAUUUAUAGUAGAUUAUAUAGACUUUAAUCAUAAACCUUCUAUCCAUGGGGUUAAGAACAGUAUGAAGAUUCUCUUAUCUAUUGAGAGCAAAAAAAUGCCAGUAACGACACAUGUCUACUAGAUAGGAACACUAAUAGUUGAGACAGAAAUACUGAAAAAAAUAUUAUUCUAUGAUUUCUUAAAAAACAUGCUGUGAGUCAGACUACUGUUGUUUUGGGGCCAAAAUCUGGGUGUUUUGUUCUCGAUUUACUGUGACUUACAAAUAAAUAUUUCUUUAUUCUUAUAGAAGCAAACAAAUCUGUUUUUCUUUAGUCUACAGGAGACAGGAUUUAAAACAAACAAACAAAAAACCCCAACCAACUGAAGGUAUCUAAAGUAUUGUGGUUUGUAUUUUGUUAUGUGUUAGUUUUAAUUGUUUAGAAGUAUAAAUUAGAUAGGCUAGGCCAGGAUGUAACAUAAGUACUCAACUGGACAGGUUGAUGUUGAUUGCAAAAAGAGCUGUAAAAGGUUGAAAUGAGAACUGCUUAGCAGAAAAUUAAAGUAAGCAGUUACUGCUUGCCCAAGUGUUCAUGACAAUCUGAACUGAUCUGUACUUACUUCUUUACUCUGAGGCUAAAAGUUUUUAUUGAAAAAGAUACUCCUGUAGGUAUAGUAAUAAUUUGUAAAGCACCUGAUAAAGCAGUACUGCAUGGUAUUCUGAUUUCAGAAAUCUAUCUCCUUGCUAAGUCAACAUGGUCCGUAUCAAAUUAAUUUUAAACUGGUUGACCGACAGAUCAUAAAGCAGUAAUAGAUUAAGGACAUUCAUGUUGGAUUUUAUAGAAGUUUUUCACAGCCCAUUGCUUUGAGGAUUUGGAUAAUGAUCUAGAGGAAAAUAGAAUGUAAUCUCUGGUAAAAUGCAUAUGUGCAAAAAUGGAUGUAUUUAUAAGUGUGAGGGAUGGUCGGUGCUGAGUUAAUGGGGAUCGUUCAUGAGGAUACAUUAAUGGAGCUGAAGACACUUGUCUUGACAGCAGGGCCAUACCUGCAGAAUGCAGAGCGGUGCUUUGGGAAGGAGUAAUUUGGUGAUACAAUACAGACGCUAAAGCGCACAUUGCAGUCUCUUGGUAUGGAUAUUGGGGAUCUCAAGUGGAGUUGUGUGCUGUUACCGUGCUAUGUAGCUUUUAGCGAGAUGUUAGGAAAUUGUAUCUCAUUUGAGCUUAAAGUGAAAAAAGUCCCAAAACCAAGGUGAACUUACAAAGAUUCAGAAAAACAUGUCGAGGACAAUUGCAAAUAUUAAAAGCAAAUAAGUCAACAAACCCUGGUGUACAGCAGGAGCCUGGAGAAGUUCACUCUGUGUAGUAUUUAGCAAAGGUGACUGAUGGCCUGUAAGCAGUUAUAUGGGGCAAAGAUUGCAGACAAAGUAGUCCUUUAGGUACACUAGGUUUUGGAUGACAAAAUUCAGGAACUCAGAGCUGAACUCAGGUGUAUUACUUCUAGAAAUAUAAUAAAUUUAAAAUUGAAGUCAGUUAUCUAUCAGAACAGCUUAUUUUUAAGAUUGUUCUUAUGUCAGCGGGAAAAAAAAGUUGUACAUUUUUCCAAAAAGAUACCUUUAGUUCUAGCACAAUAUGAUGAUCUGAUGCAGGAAUUAUGGAGCGAAAUUAUCUCUUAUACAGGAAGGCAGACUAAGUAAUUGUUACUUACACAGGUAGUCUAAAAAAUCUGAUCUGAAAAGUGCUUUUGGCAUCAAGGGCACAUGGUGCUCUGUUGUAAUGUGCACCUGUGUUUUUGUUGGGAAGGCUGAAAAAUGUAGGGGAAAGAGAAGGUUAGGGAUGUAAUGAGAGGAUAUAAUAAAGAUGGGUUUAAAUUUUAUUUUACACAUAAAGAGGAGCUAAGUAUGGGAUUUAUUAAAUCAAAAUAUGUGAUCAUCCAGGCAACACAUACAUCUUCCAUAUAGCAUUUAGAAAGAUUUUUGCAUGCUAAUUGUGUGAAUUAGCAACUGGCUCGGAACAAUACCCUGCUAUUUGUUAAAGGAGAGACAAUAAAGUUCUUCUAGACAGGAAAGAAUCUACAUUGUUAACAGAUGACCUGAAAGUUCAGCUCAUUGAAAAGGCAAAUAUUUUGACCAGGAGAAUAAUUCUUCCUGUGGAGCAGUAUGAGUUGCUGUGCUAAAGCUGUACGGCUAUUUUUAACCAUGUCACAGCUAUUGAGCUUAGACUUCAAUUUAGUUCAUAAACAGUGUAAAAAAGACGAAGUAGGUCUUUCUUUUUGAUGAAUGUAGAGGUAGAGAGAAUUGUUGACAAGAGGAAAAACAAGAAAGGAAAAACAGAGUAUUUGGUGCGAUGGAAAGGAUACGACAGCGAAGAUGAUACUUGGGAGCCAGAACAGCACCUUGUCAAUUGUGAGGAAUAUAUACAUGAAUUUAACAGACGCCACAAUGAAAAGCAGAAAGAAAGCACAUUAACCAGGACAAACAGGACCUCUCCAAAUAAUGCCAGAAAACAAAUUUCUAGGUCUACCAAUAGUUCUUUUUCAAAGACAUCUUCUAAAACUUUAGUUAUGACUAAAGAACACGAGUCAAAAAAUAGUCAACUUUUUUCUGCCACACAGAAGUUCCGGAAAAACAAUUCACCAUCGCUUUCUGGACGUAAAAAUAUGGACCUUGCAAAAUCAGGUAUUAAAAUCCUAGUGCCCAAAAGUCCAAUUAAGAGCCGGACAACAGUUGAUGGCUUCCAGAAUGAAAGCCCAGAUAAAAUAGACCAUAUAGAGCAAGAUCAGGAUGACUCUGUAGCACCGGAAGUAGCAGCAGAAAAACCUGUGGGAGCAUUGUUAGGACCUGGUGCAGAGCGUGCUAGGAUGGGGAGCCGACCAAGGAUACAUCCAUUAGUGCCACAAUUGCCAGUGCCAGUAACAGCCACAAUUGCAUCAGCAUUAACAAUAAAUGGAAAAGGUACACCCACCUUUAUGGAAGCAUUAGCAGCCAAUGGUACAACCAACAUCCAGACAUCCGUAACAGGAGUGACAGCCAGCAAGCGAAGGUUUAUUGAUGACAGGAGAGAACCGCCCUUCGAUAAAAGGCUACGCUUCAGCGUGAGGCAAACGGAGAGCGCGUACCGGUACAGAGACAUUGUUGUCAGGAAACAGGAUGGAUUCACACACAUUUUGCUAUCAACAAAAUCGUCUGAAAAUAAUUCAUUAAAUCCAGAGGUAAUGAAGGAAGUCCAAAGUGCACUGAACACAGCAGCUGCAGAUGACAGUAAACUUGUGCUGUUCAGUGCAGUUGGUAGCAUUUUCUGCUGUGGUCUUGAUUUUAUUUAUUUUAUACGACGUUUAACGGAUGAUAGAAAAAAGGAAAGCACUAAGAUGGCAGAAGCUAUUAGGAAUUUUGUGAAUACUUUUAUUCAGUUUAAGAAGCCUAUCAUUGUAGCAGUAAAUGGCCCAGCCAUUGGACUUGGAGCAUCUAUAUUGCCUCUGUGUGACGUGGUCUGGGCCAACGAGAAGGCCUGGUUUCAAACACCAUACACUACUUUUGGACAAAGUCCAGAUGGAUGUUCAUCCCUUACAUUCCCUCGGAUUAUGGGCCUGGCUUCUGCCAAUGAAAUGUUGUUCAGUGGAAGGAAGCUGACGGCGCAGGAAGCUUGUGCCAAAGGACUCGUCUCCCAAGUGUUCUGGCCAGGAACAUUCACACAGGAAGUAAUGGUUCGAAUUAAAGAACUUGUCACAUGUAAUUCAGUUGUACUUGAAGAAUCCAAAGCUUUAGUACGGAACAUCAUGAAGGUGGACUUGGAACAAGCAAAUGAAAAGGAGUGUGAAGUUUUGAAGAAAAUCUGGGGCUCAGCACAAGGGAUGGACUCAAUGUUAAAAUAUCUGCAGAACAGAAUUGAUGAAUUCUGAUGAGAUGCCCGUGACACUGGAAUUGUAUUUCUUGGACAUCAGGGCAAGCAAAAUAAGCCCAUUUAAAAAACCCCUUAUAUAAACUAACCCCUUGCUCAGCUUGGGAACAGGAGUGGACACACAGCCCCCCUCCCCUUUUAUUGUCAAGGGGUUUAAAAGUACUGUAUCUCUUAAAUUUGAACAAAACUCCUUUCUCCCUGAU